AUGUCUUCAGGAGCUCCCGCCGCGACGACAAACAGCUGGCUCAAGGCGCAGCGCAAAAGCGACCUCGUCGAUCUGGCCGAUAGCGUCGGCCUGACAAACUAUGAGGGCUUUAAAAAGGGCGAGCUCGAGGUGGCCCUCGACGAAUUCAUCGCCCAGCACAGCGCCCGCCUCGCCAGUCGUUCCGACCUGACGGGCUACUUCAACAGCCGCUCCAAGGCCCUCGGCUCGCCCGUCAAGAAGGAGAGGGAGGAGCCGGAAAGGGCGCUCAGGAUUGUCAAGCGGAGGGCCAACACAAAGGUCGCCACCUCGACCUCUCCCAUCGAGGACCCCACGUCCGAGAGCGAGGACCAGCGCGCCGUCUCGUCUGCCUCGGCCGUCGUCCACACCCCGGGCCGCAACCUCUCCCUGGCCGCUGCUCGCAUUCCCCUGCCAGCCACGCCCGCCGACGUGGCCUACGCCGUCGACCGCUCCACCGUCGCCGUGCGCAAGCGCGUCUCCUCCAUGUACCAGGAAAGCGGCAUCACCGAGGCCUCGCAGGCCACGCGCGAGACGCUCAGCACCGUCACCAGCAUCCUCUUCUGCGUCGCCGCCUUUGAGCUCUACUUUAUCCGGCCCGAGAUCCUCGCCAACCGCUACGCCUUCACCGUCCCCGCCGUCGCCCUCGUCGGCACCCCAGACUACCCCGUCUACCUGCCCGACAUGUUCCUCAUCCUCACCGCCAGCUUCUGGUCCCCGGCCCUGACCUGGGCCCUGACGGGCGUCGUCCUGCCCUGCCUCUUUGGCUACUUCUUCAACCUGAGCGCCACCAGCGGCGGCAGCGCCCCUGGCUCUCGCACCCGCGCCAGGGCCCAGGCCGCCGCCGACACCGUCGUCGACCCCCUGACCUUUAGCAUCGUCAAAGCCCUCGUCUCGUACGUCGUCUACGGCCAGGGCGUCACCUUUGGCGGCCUGCUCAACGAGGCCGCGAUUGAGCGCCUCAAUGCCGCCGUCUACGGCGGCUACAAGGGCAUGCUGGUCGGCACCGCCAUCACCGCCCUCGUCAGCAUGUACGACGCCGUCUUGCGGAGGUAG